AUGCUAAGGUAUAUGUAUCAGAGGAAACUCAUUGGAAUUGCAACCUUUUGCCGAUUUCAGUCAUCCGGUCCUCACUGGUUUUACGCUACUGAUAUUCCCGUUACCAAGCCUUAUGAUCCAGAAUAUAAACCUACCGAAGAACCAAAAAAGUUCACCCCAUUUUCAAAGCACGAUUCGGAUAGAAUAGAACGGCUUUAUAAUCUGAACCCUGAAUCCAAGGAUCCUAUUGCAGUUAAUGAGGAUUAUCUUUUUGAAGUUUGUCUCAAGAAUAAAACUCUAAAGCCAAAAUAUUGGGAGGGGUCGCUUUAUGAGGUUCGCCGUGGCCUAUGGUUCAUAAAUGAUGAUAUUCCUCUUCCCUAUGAAUUAUCAGUUGAGAUUGAAGAGUAUUCAAAGCAGUAUAGCCCUAACAAUGAUGUUUUUCCAUUAAAGGGGACCUAUUCCCAUGGAAAGUACGUGAUGUUUAGUAGCAGUAAUGCCUCUGAAGCUUACUUGAUCUCUGAUAUAUCUCGUGGAGGACUGCAAUUAAGCUUGCUGAGGACAAGUAAAUUAAUCUCCAGUGCUACUAAAGUAACUAGAGGUUACUCCGGAGGCAAGGAUGGUAUCAUUAUGAAGGCAGCAAAGGAAAUAGAACACCAAUUGUUGGACCAAACCAAACAUUUGGGCAAGUUGUCAGAUAAAUUAGGUGGUGAGUUAAAAGAGCUGUUAUCUGGGUACAGCGGUGGUCACUCCAAUAACAUGAUUGAUAAUGCCAUGGAAAAGGAGAUGGAAGGAGACUACGACAACAAGAACAACCGCUACAAUAGCCCCAUAAAGUCUAAUUUCAGAGAAAUUGAUCAUCUAGUACUUUGUGUUCAUGGGAUCGGACAAAGUUUGGGUAAAAAGUAUCAGUAUGUUAACUUUGCCCACUCUAUUAAUUUGCUUCGUACAACUAUGAAGAAGGUCUACGCGGAAUCACCAGAACUACAGAUAAUAAACAAAUAUAACUACAAACAUGACGACUGGAAGGAUAAUAGCAGGAUACAAGUCUUACCAGUUACCUGGCGCCACGAUAUACGGCUAAGCUCUGAUAGUUCUGAAGUCGAUACUGAGUAUAGGGAUUUACCAACAUUAGGCGACAUAACGGUGAAUGGUAUCCGUCCAAUCCGUAACCUACUAGGAGACAUUGUUAUAGACGUUUUACUAUACUGUGAAGCAUACUACAGGGAUAUUAUAUUAGAGAGUGUUACAAAACGGCUUAACGAUACAUAUAUGAAAUUUCGGGCCAAUUAUCAAUCAUAUCCUGGAAAAGUGAGCUUGGUAGGUCACUCUCUAGGUUCCCUGGUUUUAUUUGACAUAUUAUCACAACAGGAUAAAUAUCCAUUGGAUUUUGAUGUUGAUAACUUCUUCUCAUUAGGCUCACCAAUUGGGGUCUUCAAGCUGGUGCAACGCACCAGAAUCUCUCCUUUCUCAGACUUAAAAAAGGGGACUGAUGCACAGGGCUUCAGUAAGUUAAAAUGCGGGAACCUAUACAAUAUGUACCAUUCCUGUGAUCCUGUUGCGUACCGAAUGGAACCUUUAAUUGACAAAACAUUUGCACAAUAUAAGCAAGAGAAGAUUUCGACACCAAAGAGCAGCAAAAUUGCAGCCAAAGUUUUAGAACUUGGUGAGACAAUUACACAUGAGAACUCCGAGAAGGUGAAGGUUUCAGAUAGGCUUUUAAAAACUAUGCUAGGACUCAACCGUAGAGGCCGGGUUGACUAUGCAAUGGAAGCUAAGCCAUGGGAAGUAGAUAUAGUGAGUGCAAUAAGAGCGCAUUUUGACUACUUUGAGGAAGAAGAGAUCGCUGCAUUCUUUUUAGAAAAUAUAUUGCGUCAGCGAAGGCCCGUGAAUGAACUUUUUUGUCAAAGCUUGAAAAAAACGAAGCAGCCUGAUGUUCCAUCGUGA